AUGACUCACUUGGGAUCGCCGCAUGAUGCUUAUGAUUUCAUAGAACAAAUAGGCGAUGGCUCCUUCGGCACAGUUCACAAAGCACAGAACAAAAUUAGCCAUAAAGUUGUUGCUGUAAAGGUGAUGAAGAAGAAAUACAACACGAUUGAAGAUUGCCAAGGCCAAUUCGAGCCCAAGCUACUGGAUCUCAUACCUCCUCACAUCAAUAUUGUGCAAUUGUAUGACAGUUUUCUAUCACCCACAACAUGCGAUUUGUCUUUUAUCAUGGAGUAUAUGGAUGGCGGUAAUCUGUACCAGCUCAUGCGAGAAAGGAGACACCACAACUUGCCGUUCAAUCACUGCGAACUAAGAAACAUACUACACCAAAUAUUAUCAGCUGUUUCGCAUAUACACAGCCAUCAAGUAUUCCACAGAGACAUGAAGCCUGAAAAUCUGUUAUUAGACUAUUCAGUUGGACGACCAAUCAUCAAACUUGCUGAUUUCGGUCUAGCUAGAGAAUUAAAAAGCAAACCACCCUAUACAGAAUACGUUAGUACGAGAUGGUAUCGAGCACCCGAAGUGCUAUUGCGCUCUACAGAAUAUUCUGCACCUGUCGAUUUAUGGGCCAUUGGCGCAAUAUUUGCAGAACUUAUUACCCUUGAACCUCUAUUUCCGGGUGAAUCGGAAAUUGAUCAAAUAUACCGUAUUUGUGAGAUAUUAGGAAGUCCCGGAAACAAAAUUGUGGGCCAAAAGAGCAAGGUAGUACGACAAGAAAAGAGACUGAGUCCUGGAUUUGCAAGAAAGAAGGCAAAAGACCUGAAUACAGACCUCCGAGCCAUCAACACAAGCACGACAUCCACCAUUUCGAUCCUGGAUGGCGGUGGAGAAUGGAAAGAAGGGGUGAAAUUGGCGUAUAAAAUAGGGUUUAAAUUUCCUCAGCUCUCACCAAAACCAUUGGAAUCAGUCAUUCCAAACGCAACUGAAUCCAUGCUUGAUCUCAUCCGGCAUUUUCUCUUCUUCAAUCCGUGCCAAAGAUGGUCUGCUGACACUGCAUUGAGACAUGUCUUCUUUUCUGAAACAGACGAACCAGAGCAUACCAUUGUGCCAUCAGUAGCAGCGCUCAAUGAGCCCGUUACGCCACCUGAUCAUUCUACUGUCAAAAAGACGCCGUCAGCCAUCCUCAAGGAUAUUACCCCGCUCGAUCUAUUGCCUAUACCCCAAUCACCCUACCAAAUAUGCCCUGAUUGGAAUACAGAUCAUCCAGUGUCUCGUCAUGGUCGAUUAUGCUCUGCUAUCAGAGACGAUAAUAGAUUAUCCAGUUCCCGUGCAACUCAUGUCGAUCGCUUCUUGCAUGACACGGAGUCCGCCGUAGAAAGUAAUGCCUGGCUGACUCAAAGCAGACCUAUAUACAGCUCGCAUCAAAAGGUGCAUCCAGUUACAGAUCGACCCAACUCAUCGCAUGUAUGGAACAAGUACAACUAUGCAGCUCAUCAGCAAUUGAGGCCCAGUACUCCUGCUGUGGAACACGUCUCCUCUUCCAAUGCUAAACCAUCUGUCUCCACUUCAAGCAAAAGAUACUCCUAUGGCCAUGAAGAAGACACACAUAGUCGAAGAUUAAGCCAUCACCCUCUGCAUCAUCAUCACCACCAUCCUCACCACAACGACUACCACCACCAGCAACAGCAGCAGCAUCACCAUCGCCCACCUACCACGGCUACUACAGUGACGGCUUCUACAGCGACUGCUCAAGUGGGCCCGACUAACAAUGGAUUCAGUAUAGACCGUAUACCUCAUUAUGGCAACCAACUCAUCAAAUGGGCACCACCCCAUUUCCCGCAUCAAAUGGAUCAUGGUCAUGAAAUAAUAGAGGCCAAAAGACCUGAAAGUAGAAGAUGUAGAACGCCUGCGCCAUUCUCAUCGUCCAUAAUGAAGCACAAAUACACAUCAGCGACAAUCAAUACCAACACCGCCCCUUCCUCCUUUUACACCAACAAUGCUUCACCCAUCAAACCAUGGACGCCUGCUACAACCACGACCACUGUAAACACGGACAAAAUCCUGGCAGACGGAUACUCGAGCAGAAUAUCAGAUAAACCUCAAUCCACACAUCGAAAUUCAACAUCACGCCGCUUCAAUCUAUGGGUUCCCAAAGACUAUGAAGAUGACGACGACGAUGACGACCAAGAUGACGAUAAUAACAGCAAGGAGGGUCAUCCCAAUCACAAUAGGUUUGUAUUCUUACCUGUUCAUCAAUAA